UUCGCAAAGAAAAGUUAAUUAAACAACUUAAGUAGUCACCACUUGCUUAGUGUUUCGUCAGGAAAAAAAUAUCAAAUGCCCAAACAAAACUAUACCUCGUGAAAUCACGAAUCAUACUUCAAUGGCUUCCAUCUCCGGCAUUUGUUCAUCUUCCUAUGCUCUCAAGCUCCGAAAUCGGAAUCAUUCUCCGGCGUUGACCAACCCGUUCCGGAACGGACCGGAGCUGGCCGCGUUCCCGAGCAGACCAAAACUCGGUUCGGAUCGGGCCCUAAGCCUCGUGUCAGUGGCUCGGGAGGUGUCUCCGGUCACCAACGACGGCGCGGAUGCCGCGGUACCGGCGGCGAAGGGGUUCAAGAAGAAGACAGCGUUGGAGAAGGAUCCGAGGGAGCUAUGGAAGAGGUACGUGGAGUGGCUGUACCAACACAAGGAGGUUGGAAUGUACUUGGAUGUGAGUCGGGUCGGGUUUACCGACGAGUACGUGGCGGAGAUGGAGCCGCGGUUCCAGGCUGCGUUCAAGGCCAUGGAGGAGCUCGAGAAAGGUGCGAUUGCGAACCCCGAUGAGGGACGCAUGGUUGGUCAUUACUGGCUUAGGGAUUCUAACCGCGCACCUACCACGUUCUUGAAAUCUCAGAUUGAUAACACUCUUGUUGCUAUUUGCAAUUUCGCCGAUGAUGUCCUCACUGGUAAGAUUAAGCCUCCCUCGUCGCCGGAGGGUCGGUUUACUCAGAUACUGUCUGUUGGAAUUGGGGGUUCAGCUCUUGGCCCACAGUUUGUUGCGGAGGCAUUGGCUCCUGAUAAUCCUUUGCUCAAGAUAAGGUUUGUGGACAACACAGAUCCCGCUGGAAUUGAUCAUCAAAUUGCACAACUUGGUCCUGAGCUAGCUUCAACACUUGUAAUAGUCAUUUCAAAGAGUGGAGGUACUCCUGAGACUCGAAAUGGUUUAUUAGAAGUACAGAAGGCCUUUCGUGAAGCAGGCUUGGAUUUUCCGAAACAGGGUGUUGCUAUAACACAAGAAAACUCUUUGUUAGAUAACACUGCCAGAAUUGAGGGCUGGUUAGCUAGAUUUCCUAUGUUUGAUUGGGUGGGAGGUAGAACGUCAGAGAUGUCUGCUGUAGGCCUGCUUCCAGCGGCCCUUCAGGGCAUUGACAUUAGAGAAAUGCUUGCUGGUGCAGCAUUGAUGGAUGAGGCAACUAGAACUACUGUGUUAAGGAGUAAUCCUGCGGCGCUGCUGGCUCUAUGUUGGUAUUGGGCUACAGAUGGAGUAGGAUCCAAGGAUAUGGUCAUCCUUCCGUAUAAGGAUAGCCUGUUAUUGUUUAGUAGAUACUUGCAGCAGCUAGUCAUGGAAUCUCUAGGCAAGGAGUUUGACUUGGAUGGGAAUCGGGUCAAUCAGGGAAUUAGUGUCUAUGGAAAUAAAGGAAGUACCGAUCAGCAUGCGUAUAUUCAACAACUGAGGGAGGGUGUACACAAUUUCUUUGUGACAUUCAUUGAGGUGCUCCGCGAUAGACCUCCGGGUCACGAUUGGGAACUUGAACCUGGUGUCACAUGUGGUGACUACCUGUUUGGUAUGCUACAGGGAACAAGGUCAGCUUUAUAUGCUAACGAGCGAGAGUCAAUCACAGUCACCGUACAAGAAGUGACCCCAAAAUCAGUUGGUGCUCUUAUUGCACUAUAUGAGCGUGCAGUAGGGAUAUAUGCCUCCCUUGUCAACAUAAAUGCUUAUCAUCAACCUGGUGUCGAAGCCGGAAAGAAAGCGGCAGGCGAAGUAUUGGCUCUUCAGAAGCGGGUUUUGGCCGUGUUAAAUGAGGCAAGCUGCAAACAGCCUAUUGAGCCAUUAACGCUCGAUGAAGUAGCCGAUCGUUGCCAUGCGCCAGAAGAUAUUGAAAUGAUUUACAAGAUUAUUGCUCACAUGGCUGCCAAUGACAGAGCACUUAUCGCUGAAGGCAGCUGUGGUUCACCACGGAGUUUCAAGGUUUUUCUUGGAGAGUGUAACGUUGAUGAAUUGUAUGCUUGAGUUAGACUAAGGAAAUUCACCUGCAAUAAUUAUUGAUUUCGGUUGAAUCUCCUCCAUUAAUAAAAAUGGAGAUUGUUGUUUAGACAAAUUACUGCAAGUUUUAGCUUUGGUAAAUAAAAUUGAAUAAACUGAAUUAAUGCUCAAA